UUUACUACGAGCUCAGAGGAGCCGAGCAGCAGCAGCAUGACAACAGAAACCUCCGUGAACACUGAGAGCAAACUGUGACAGGAUUUCACCGACACGCUCUCAAGUUUUCCUGAAAAUAACCACAGACAAAACACUCACAGGAGAGAGGGACAUUUAAAAAUCUUCUGCUUCUGUGGAAGAAGACUUUUCCCCCCUUUUUUGGCUGAAAAGGUCAAGAAGCGACCGGCGGCAGCGUCGACAGAAAGAAACCAAAAAUACAACACAGGAGGAGUAAGGUGAUUUUGGUGCACAAAGGAGUGUUUUGGUGCUCCAGGUGUCAGACUCACGGACAGAGAAGAAGAGUCCUCCUCGGUUUAUAGCAGCUGGUAUCAGUCUGUAGUAUCAGUCAGACCCAUAAAAGUGUCCCGGAGAAGCCCUGGAGAGGACGGGACAGCGCUGAGUGGCGGGGGCAGAUUUUUUGUUUAGCUGACUGAAUGCAGAGGAAACACUGAGAGCUGUUCUCCAGACCUCCCUGCAGCUUCAGGGGAGAUAGUCAGAUGUGUACCCAGCACUCAGAGCCCCUGGCCUGGCCGUGGCGGGGAUGGCAGCCUCUGCCCUGAACCUGAACGGCCUUGGAGUCAUGAACAGCAGUAAUCAGUUUCACACCCAGUCAGGCUCCUCUAGUGCCACCUCUCGAACUAGAACCAGUCCAGUCGGUCGACCUGUGCUGCCGGUUCCGGAUCGGAGCACCUACUGUCAGUUACUGGGCGGUGGAGCGCCGGGUGGAGGUCUCUACAGCCCAACCAGCCCCAAGACGAGUCCACGAGCCCUGGGUCGAACCUUUGUCUUCCCCGCUUCGUCCUCGCUCUCCCCCAGCCCCACCCCUCGGGCUCGCUCCCCCUCCCCGCGAAGCCCGGAGCUCCUGGGAGUCAAUGUGGGCCAGCGGGUCCGACGUCUGAGCUCACCCGGCGGUGAGGAGAGAGGGGAAGGAGACUGGCAGGAGGAGAGGGGAGGAGAGACGGGAGGAGGUGAGAGGCGAGAGGAGAGGAGACGCCAGGCGCAGCUGCUGCAGAUUCACAGAGAGCUGCAGAACGUGGAGGUCAGGGGAAAAGUGGGCAUUUUCGAGGCCCACAUUUCCGGAAUUCGUGCCCAAGUGCUUAACACUGAGCUCCAGCGCAGCCCUCGCUCUCCAAGGCGGUCGACGAGCCAAACUCUGUCGUCUCCCAGCCACCAAAACACAGCCCUUGAAUGCCCAAUGACCCACCGAUCAGAGAGUAAAGUUCCUUUUGUUGUUCAAAAUGGAAGAGAAAGGGAGGAAGACACAACGGAAGGAGAAAGGAGAGAAGAGAACAGUAAAACAAACACGGACAAGACACUGAUUGGUCAAAAUGGCCGCCACUUAGAAGCAAAGCAGACUGCAUGUUUAGACGGACCGUUUCAGGGUUCCCUUGAGACAUUAAACCCAGAUGCAACAACAGACGGAGAGAAAAAAGAGGGGGAGAAAGACGGAGGGGAGGUGGAAAACAAACAAAUGUUGGGAGAUGAAAAAGAAUGGACAGAGAUGGAAGUGAGAGAUGAAAAAGAGGAGCGGUCGUGUCCUGAGACGUUGCUCCAGGCGGACGCCUCGCAGGUUAACCCAGAAACAGAUGCUUGUCCUCGGGGUCAAAACAGCGAGAUCUCCCCUUGUUUGCUGGACUCGACCUCCAACCACUCUCCCUCCGUCCCUCCCUCCAUCCCUGCUGUCAUAAUAACUGACCACGGUUUGGAAAGCCAAACUUCUGAAGGCCCCGGCUCGGACCAGGGACUCGGCUGCACCCCCAGUCCCAGCUCGAGUCCCGUCCCCGGGCAAAACUCCUCCAGCCGCCCCCUCAGGAAGCUGUCGUCCUCCUCCGCCUCCUCGGCCGGUUUCUCCUCGUCCUGGGAAGAGUCGGAGGAGGACAUUUCCAGCGAUACAGAGAAAGGAGAUCAGCUUCUCAACCCUGCAGUCCUCACGUCUCAACAGAAAGCGCACAAGUCUUGGAAGAAGAUUAAGAACAUGGUCCACUGGUCACCGUUUGUCAUGUCCUUCAAGAAGAAAUAUCCCUGGAUACAACUGGCUGGACAUGCAGGGAGCUUCAAGGCGGGAGCCAACGGCCGAAUAUUAAAAAAACACUGUGAAUGUGAGCAGCGCUGUUUGUCCCUCCUGAUGAAGGACGUACUGCGCCCGUACGUCCCCGGUUACCAUGGAGACGUAGAGAAGGAUGGGCAGAAAUACAACCAGAUGGAGGACUUGCUGGCUGAGUUUGACUUCCCGUGUGUGAUGGACUGUAAGAUGGGAGUGAGGACCUACCUUGAGGAAGAGCUGACUAAAGCUCGUAAGAAACCCUCCCCGAGACCUGACAUGUACCAGAAAAUGAUCGAGGUCGAUCCUGAUGCGCCAACGCCGGAGGAGAACCUCCAGAAAGCGGUGACCAAACCCAGAUACAUGCAGUGGAGAGAGACCAUCAGCUCAACAGCCACCCUGGGAUUCAGGAUAGAGGGAGUCAAGAAGGAGGACGGGACGGUGAACAGGGAUUUUAAGAAAACAAAGACGAGAGAACAAGUCACUGCAGCCUUCAGCGACUUCGUCAAAGGAAAUAAGGAGAUACUGAACGGUUAUCUAAACAGACUCAAGGAAGUCAGAGACACUCUGGAGAUCUCCCCGUUCUUCAAAACCCACGAGGUGAUUGGCAGCUCCUUGUUAUUUGUCCACGACAGUAAGGGACGAGCCAAAGUGUGGAUGAUCGACUUUGGGAAAACAACGCCUCUUCCUGACGGGAAAGAACUAACCCACCGAGCAGCGUGGGAGGAGGGCAACAGAGAAGACGGUUACCUGUCUGGACUCGAUAGUUUGGUGGACAUCAUUUUAUCCAUGGUGAACUCUGAGACUUAAAGUCUGACGGUUUAAAAAAAAAAUCCAAGUGAACAUUUGGACACACAACAACCACUUCCAUUCAUUCUUCCUGUCUCUCGGGAACACUUUGGAUUUCCUCAAGGAACAUUUGUCCUCAGUUUGAACACCACAUCGUCACGUAACAAUGCGAAUCCACUCAUUAAACCUUUGUGUUCAUAUCCUGUAGAUUUCGGGUAAUAGGCCUUUUUUUCACAGCAAACAUUUUAACUUUGAACAGGGUUCAUACAAGGUGCUUGAAGUACUUUGAAUUUAACACUCAGAAAUUUAAGCACUGAUAUACCUUGAAAAUCCUAAAUUUUUACCUAGGUCCUUGAAAAAGUACUUGAAUACAACUGGAGAGAACAAAAUGAGAAAUACUUUUAUGACAUGUAUUAGAAAAAUGUUUUAAACUUGGAAGCCAAGAACGGCCGUGCUUGCUAUAAUUUUCAAAUGCCGUAUGAGAUCCAAGCACCAAUGGGUUGGUAAAAACCAGAAAAUAUUUGGUGCCAGGAUGUGUCAGUAGCCUGGAAAACAGUCACACAGGAGCAGCAUCAGCCAUUACUGUCAGUUUUGAGCUCUGAUUUGGCAGAAAAUGUGCAGCUGUGUGUGUAACUGUCGACGGUGGAGCUGUUGGAUAGCAGAGAGGGCUUUUAUUGCUUUUAUUUAACCAGGCAAUUAAGGAUAAGUUACUUUUAGGUCCUGGUAGCAUGCAUUUGCUCUAUAAAUGUGCACAAUUCUCCUGCAACAGAUGGCUGCGGAGAAAACACAUUUUUCCUUGAAAUUAGAAACGAGUGCCUGAAAAAGUACUUGAAAGUCCUUGACUGUGACUUGUCUGUUGGAACCCUGUUUAAACAUUACAGAUGGCUCAGUUCCAUUAAAUGUCUCAGUAAGCCAUCUCUGUGAGCCUGCAUUAACAACUCCCUUUUUAUUUGUUACACCUGUGUUUUUUCUACUACGACAUCAAAAUGUUUGCUGUGAAAAAAAGUUUUUUUUUGCAUGCAUUAACCCUGCAAAACAAACUUUUUUAAAUUCUCAUUAAAAGCAGAAAAUACAAUUGAAAUUGAAAGCUUAACGCCUUUACACACCCGGGGGGGCAUGACGAAUAAACAACACGAAAAUGCAAAAUGUGAAUUUGCAACAGCUGCAACACGCGUUCAGUACAAGGUUUUGAUGAAACUGUGUUUGCCGGCAGUGAUGGAAUUUGCAACAACCAGGAUCCCUGGUCCCUGAUAUCUGUCAUAAGUAGCUGUUUAGCCUGAACUACAAUAAGCUAUUUAAUUGAGGUUCUUUUUCGGAAAGUUUGAGUUCCUUCUGGUAAACAAUUACGCAGUGUAUAUAUCAAGGGCUUUUAUUGUGAAAAGUAAGAACAAAAGGAGUGGAUCCUGCCUUUGUCAAGGUUGGAAGUAGUUCAAAAGGUUACCCUCUUGGUUCAGACAGAGCCUCCAUAUUGUUGUUUAUAAUCCUCGUAAGUAAAGGCACAUGUGGUUGAUUGAAGCUGGUUUUCUGAGCUUUUUUGGUGUGAAAGCUCCGAAAAAUUGACCUCGCUACGAAAAAACAUUACAGUUCUUUUUCUCUGUGAAGUAUUAUUUGAGCUCUGUGCGAAAGUACUAAUGACAAAAACAAUUACAAAAAAUAUACUGACAUGUGAUUUAAUCACAUGACAAAAAAAAUCGCCCCUGGUGUGUAAAGGCCUGUAGGCUGGUGAUAAUUUAUAUUUUUUUAUUAAUGCAAACAAAUCCCACAAAAAGACAAAAAACAAUAUGUUAGUUUGUCCUUCCAUAUCAACCCGGCCUGUCAAAGGCUGUCAGCCCUUUUCUUUCUGCUGAAAUUGGAUGGUUUCAUUCUUUAUAAGACUAAUUUUCAAAACAGCUGGGCUCUGUAGUUUCAGGCAAAUGUCACUCAAACAGAAGGAAAUGGAGCAUUUUGAGAGGGGAAUAUUUCCAGCAGUGGAUUAAUACACAUUUUGCUGUGUUAGUGAAUGUUUGUGAUCAACUUAAACAAUCUGCCAUGCAGAUGUGUCUCUGAUUUGUGUUUUUUUCGACAAAAAUGGAGCAAUACAGUACAGAGACAGGCUUUAUCAGGAUUUGGAUCCUCAGACAAUAACUGAAGGAUCGGCUGAUAUUGAUUUUGGUCUUUUUGCAGGAUUUGUUGCUAAUAAAAAUAAACAAAUAAAGAAAAUAUCACCAGAACAAUCAUUUAAAGCCACUAUGUGUAGAUUAUUAACAUUUCUCACUUUUGCGGCCCCGGUGGUUGUAUUAAUCGUACCAAAAAAAAGACACUUAAUUUGUAAUUUUUCUAUAUUAUACAAUAAUUGAAAAGAUGCUGCAAUCUCGAAAAAUUGUACACAUAGUGGCUUUAAAAAUCCAACUUCAAAACUCAAAAAUUUGACAUUAAUGCACUCAAGCUCACGUCUACUAGAUUCCAGUGUAACUACUCGAAUCUCUAUUUAGUUGAGAGAGUCAGAGUUAAAUUGCAUUUCUUCCACAGCAUGUCUGAACUCAAUUUGAUUUGAUUUCAUGUCACAACUUUUGCACCCAUUUCUUAAAAAAAACAAAAAAACAAUCUGCACUUGAUUGCAUUUCAAAUGUUAGAGACUGUACAGAUGAGUGUGUUUUUAAAGUGAAAAACAAAGCUAGUUUUAACCUCUUUUUAACCAGUCACACUUUCGAUACGAUAGUUUGGUCAGCGAAGUGACGGCCGUGUUCGCUCCACAAUAAUCUGGCAAUAACUGGCAAUUAUGCGGAGCUAAAUCAUACAUCUCACAGUAGUUUCAGUAUGUUAUGGAGGGCAUUGUUUCAUAUGUAACAUAUUUGCAGCCGACAUGGCGUCCAGAGUACUUCCCUGGCCAAACACUUUUCAGCGUUCUCACAUGUUUGUUGGGGUUGUUCACAAUGUACAAUAAGAUUUAUUAUGUUUGAUGUAGUUUUUUUGUAACAUUAUUAUUUUUAGCGUACUCCUGUGGAACACUUACAGCCAUGAACAAUCUUAUUUAAGCUAUACAGUGCCUUGACAUCACAAAGCCAAGUCAGAAAAUAUGUUUUAAAUGUUUUGACAGACUUUUCUCUUAGUCUUAACUGUCGGUUCCUGUGCGUAGUCUCGGGUGCAUGUUUAUUAUUAUCCUCUUAAAGUUUGGGCUUAAUUUGUAUUUCAUUGUGUUUUUAUUUAUAACAUUAUAUUAUUUUGGAUUUUUUUUUAGUUAAUGGGAUACUGUGAUAUUUUGAACUUUGGGCUGUUAUGUUGUUUUUUUGUCUUCAAGCAUGUGUAACAGUAUAAGUGAAAGUCAAACUAUGUGGGUUUAUUCAAAACAUUGGAUAUAGAAAAGAUUGAUGAGGUUCGGAUAAUGAUGCCCAUUUAUUCUAACGGGGAAUGCAAACAUUCGAAACAGUUUGGGCAGAUAAGGGAGAAAAAUAUGUCUCAUAAUGUAACAGAUUCUUGAUAAAUUAAAGGUAAAUAGUAUGUUUCACUCUACCGUAUAUUUAAAACGCCCUGUUUUCAGUUGAUGUUUGCAGUGACAGUAGAUGCAGAAAAAGACUGAUUAUAAUUCCAUGCAGUGCCUUCUUAAAGAAGUUGUUUGACGUUUUGGGAAAAUGCACGUUGAUUUGCUUUUUUGCAGAGUUAGGUGAGAACACUGAUACCACUCAUAUGCCUUUAUGCUAAAUAUGAAGCAUUUGCCAGCAGCUGGUUAGUUUAGCUCAGCAUAAAGACUGGAAACGGGGAAAUAAAACUAAGUUUAUUGAUUAAA